AUGGCGGCUGCAGCGCUGCUUCGCGGCGCCGCUCCGGGACGCGGCUGCCCGGCCUGGCGCUGGACGCUCCAUGUGGUGUCCAGGCGCCCCUUGGUUCACGGCUCUGAUCGGUCCGGCAGCGGCUCUGCGGGCAGCACGGCUUGGGCCUGCUUCCCGUUGGAGGAGCGCGCCCUGCUGCGCGUGCGCGGCCCGGACGCGGCGCCCUUUCUGCUGGGACUGCUGACCAAUGAGCUGCCGCUCCCGGGGCCCGCGGACGGCGUGACCCCGCCUCGGGUGCGCUCGGUCUACGCCCACUUCCUGAACGUGCAGGGCCGGACGCUCUAUGACGUCAUCGUGUACGGGCUCCCUGAGCGCGAGGCGACGCCUGGCUUCCUCCUGGAGUGCGACAGCACCGUGCUGGGCCCGCUGCGGGAGCAUCUGGCGCGGCACAGGGUCCGGCGGAAAGUCACCGUGGAGCCGUGUGUGGAGCUGCGCGUGUGGGCGGUGCUUCCCAGCACUCCCCAGGCUAGUGCGGUGCCGCUGCCUAGCACCGCCACCGCCACCGAGGCCUGCACCAUCCUCACCCGAGACCCCCGGACUGUGCGCAUGGGGUGGCGGCUCCUCGCCCGUGACGAGACCCCAGCCAUGAUGCUCGGCGGUGGCUGCCUCGGGGCCCUCCGGGAUUAUCACCGGCACCGCUACCUGCAAGGUGUCCCCGAGGGCGUCUGUGACCUGCCCCCAGGGCUGGCCCUUCCUCUGGAGUCCAACCUGGCCUUCAUGAAUGGUGUCAGCUUCGCAAAGGGCUGCUACGUGGGCCAGGAGCUGACGGCGCGCACGCACCACACAGGCGUGGUCCGCAAGCGCCUCUUCCCCGUGCGGCUGGCGGGCCCGCUCCCCGCUGGCGGCCUCGGACCUGGCGCUUCGGUGCUGACUGCUUCCGGGCAGGCGGCCGGCAAGUUCAGGGCUGGCCUGGAGGACGUGGGGCUGGCCCUGCUGUGGUCAGAGCGGAUCAAGGGGCCCCUCCAUGUCCGCACCUCUGAGAGCCAGGAGGUAGCCCUGACCGCGUCAGUGCCGGACUGGUGGCCUGUGGCCCUCAAGUAAACGUUGCCUCUGCGGGGGACCUGGAUCUCAGCUCCCUGCGGGACGCCAGCCCUGCCCCGGGAGCCCGCAUGUGGCAUCACCCGGCCUGGGGGGGCGCUCUGGGUAGGACUCGGGCUGUGGGGGUCGUGCACAGGUGCUGCCAGGCAGAGGGACUUGCACUGUCCCCCUGGGACUGUGGGCUGCGCUCCCGUGCACCUGUCUCCUCUGGGACAGGGAUCCUGGGGGCUAGGGCAGGGGCCGGGUGGGGAAGGCGGCCUUCCUUCCACUGAUGUGCUGUGUCGGUGGGUGUCCCUCGUGGCGACCCAGAGUGAAUAUUAAAGUGUG